AUGGCUGCCACCAACGCUCCAGGAUACGUAGGCAAUCUUUCGUCAGACCAGGAAGCCAAAUUGCGCCAACUCUGGUCCAUCAUUCUAACCUUGAAUGAUAUCCGCCAGCCAGAAUUCCAAGAUGUGACUUUGGAGACCCAAGAGAAACAACCUCGGCCUGUCCACCGUCGGAGCUCGUCUCUUUCGAAGACCGUGUCCAACACCACCAAUUCAAACCUUCCAAAGGACCUAGAUCAGAUCCUAUUGAGUCUCGGAAUCAACAGCAGCGAGCUAAAGUCCAUCCGCGACUGCUUGAAUCGGGCCUCGAUCAAUGAGAUCCGCCACAGUUUGUUAAAGACCGCCAAGCAAGAUCACCCCGAUGGCUUGCUCCUCCGUUUUAUGCGGGCUCGUAAGUGGGAUGUCAGCAAGGCUUUGGCCAUGAUGCUUGAAGCCUUGGUAUGGCGCGUCAAAGAGCAGCAUGUGGAUGAGCUGGUCGUUUCCAACAGCGAACUACGAGCGUUGAAAGAGGCACAGGAUAAGUCGAAUCCAGAGAAGGCGAAGGCUGGCAGUACAUUCCUGGCGCAGAUGCGCAUGGGCAAAUGCUACAUUCAUGGAACAGACCGUGCCGGUCGCCCGAUCGGAAUCGUGAAGGCACGACUGCACAACCCGAAAGCACAGAGCGAAGAAGUGAUCAAACGCUACAUCCUGCAUGUCAUCGAGUCCGCACGGCUAGUCCUGGUCCCCCCCGUCGAAUCAGUGGAAUAUGCGCCCGUGAAGUUUUUGAUUGACUGCUUCCAGGCCAACUAUCCCGAGUCCCUUGGGGCCAUGUUGAUCCAUAAUGCGCCAUGGAUCUUUUCAGGGAUUUGGAAGAUUAUCAAGGGGUGGAUGGAUCCUGUGAUAGUAUCUAAGGUCGACUUCACCUACACUGCUGCAGACCUCGAGAGACAUAUAGCUCCUGAGCAACUUGUGAAGGAGCUAGGUGGAAAGGACCAAUAUGAGUAUCAGUUCAUUGAGCCGGUCGAAGGCGAGAAUGAGAGAAUGGAAGAUACUGUUACCCGGGACACCCUCCUUUCGGAGCGUGAGAAGAUUGGCGAUGACCUACUGAAAGCGACUGCCGAGUGGAUAGAAGUCGCCCAAGAGGACAACUCAGUGAAGAUUGCUGCUGCCAAAGAGCGCAGAAACGCUAUUAUUGAACAAAUGAGAGUCAAUUACUGGGAUCUCGACCCUUAUGUACGCGGACGUUGUCACUUAGAUCGCGCUGGUGUGAUAGGCGAGGGUGGAAAUAUCUCAUUCUAUCCGACUGAAGAGUCCGAAAUGGAAAUUACAGAGACCAAGGCAGUAGCAGUGAAAUACAUCGCAAGUUCCCAGGCGAGGGUGGUGGAUGCUCCCAUUCCGGAUAUAACGUCGGCUUGA